AGGGCUGGCAGGUAUGGGAGGUCCUGCGCUCCGUGCUCUGAGAGUUGAGACUUUUUCCUCCUAAACUCCUAAGGAAGGGAAGACCCGAGUGGAGCCGUUCCCUCUCGGUGAAACUUGCCGGUUGGGGAAAUCAUGUGCGCAUGCGCAAGCAGGGACCGAGCUGCCGGAAUGGUGUGCCUGGGUAAAAAGUGUGUGGUUGGGGGAGGGGAAAGGCCGUAAGUGUAUGUGUGUGUCAUGGUGUGUGUAUCCAUGGCGGGGAUCCUAGCACCACCCCGUAAGGCCGUGUAGAGCUUCGCUCCAUUGAUCUAUCAGUCCUUGAAUCAAUAGACACUUAUUGGGCGCCUGCCGAGUGCCGGGCUCUGGCCUGAGGCAGUUUCGACAGUAAAGAAGCAGGGGGGCGGGGGGGAUUGGCAGAGGAGAAGGCUGCAGGCUUCUGAGCCCGGAGGCCCGGGCAGGACUCCAUUUCCCAGAAUGCCGAGCGUCUGACGUCACGUGCACACAGAGGAAGUCUCUCCCCUGCUCCGGGCUGCCACCCACUGAAGGACCCCAGGGUGGCCCAGCAGACAGCCCGCAGCCAGAGGAAUGGCCCCCGGGACCCCGAGGCCCCCCUCCCAGGGGUCAAUAGCAUUCAAGGAUGUGGCUGUGGACUUCACCCAGGAAGAAUGGUGCCUAUUGGACCAUUCUCAGAAAGAGCUGUACCAGAAGGUCAUGCUGGAGAAUGUGCAGAACCUACUCUCUGUGGGGAUUCCAGUUUCUAGAGGAAAUGUUAUCUCCUGUUUUCAGCAUGGAAAAGCACCAUGGCUACUAGACCAAAAAGACCCAAGGAGCUCCUGUCCAGAGGCAGAGAGUAAUUUUGAAGUGAAGGAGUUGUCCACAAGGUUGAGGCUUAUGGAUGGAUCUGGCCUCCAAGGAAACAUGAAUGAGGUUUCCCAUGACUUCAUUUUGAGAGAUAUUUUUGACUCUACUAUCAAGGUAAAUCAGAAUACAAGGAGUGACAGUGAAUUUGAUGAAACUGCAGAGAAAUUCAACCAACAUUCAGCCCUAACUCGAUAUAUGAAACGGAACUCAGGAAAUGACUAUUGUCAGGAUAGUGAAUAUAGGAAAUGCUUUCUUGAAAAAGUAGGGCUUGUUCAGUCACCUGAGACACCUGAAACGCCCAUGUAUCAAGGUAAUGUAGGAGGAAUGGCCUUGGGCUGUACUUCCGUCCUCAGUAGACAUCCAAAAAGCAAAUGUGUUGAGAUGGUUUGUGUGAAUGAUGAAAGUGGGAGAUCCUUCAGUGAGAAUUCUCAGCUUGCUGCACUUCCUGGAAUCCACACUAGAGAGAAACCUUUUGAAUGUAAACAGUGUGGGAAGACUUUUACACAGAGGGAUUCUCUUGCUAGACAUCAGAGAAUCCACACUGGAGAGAAACCUUAUGAAUGUAAACACUGUGGAAAGGCUUUCAAAUGGAGGGACUCUCUUACUGCACAUCAGAGCAUCCAUACUGGAUUGAAACCUUAUCAAUGUGAACACUGUGGAAAGGCUUUUACUCAAAGGUAUCAUCUUUCUACACAUCAGAGAAUCCACACUGGAGAGAAACCUUAUGAAUGUAAACACUGUGGAAAGGCUUUCAGAUGGAGUUACAAUCUUACUGCGCAUCAGAGCACUCAUACUGGGACAAAACCUUAUAUAUGUAAACAAUGUGGCAAGGCUUUCACACAUAGUGCCAGUUGUUCUACACAUCAGAGAAUCCACACUGGAGAAAAACCUUAUGAAUGUAAACUCUGUGGAAAGGCUUUCACAUGGAGUGCCUCUCUUGCUAAGCAUCAGAUUAUCCACACUGGAGAGAAACCUUAUGAAUGUAAACAAUGUGGAAAAGCUUUCAAACAGAAGGACCAUCUUACCAGACAUCAGAAAAUCCACACUGAAGAGAAACCUUAUGAAUGUAAACAGUUUGGAAAUACUUUCACACAGAGGGGCACUCUUGCUGCACCUCAGUGGAUCCAUACUGGAGAGAAACUUUAUUUUAUUGGAUAUGUAUUAGAUUCUUUGGUAAUUGGAUAAGCAUUUUCAAAUUUUUUUUUGAUAAAUUGGGAAUGGGUAAAUAAGAGAGAGGAGUUGAGUGAGUUGGAUUUCUCUAAGUCAGAGUAGAAUCUGAAAGAGAAAUGAUGGGAAGAGAACUUUCUCAAGGAACCUUGGGAUAGUCAUUUGAAGCAAUGAUCACUCUUUUGGCUGUCCUGAUCCAGGAAAGUUUUCCAAGGUGCUUGCUCUCAAAGUUGUAGAAGAUCUGGCAAAUUUUCUUGAAAAACAUCCUUGUAGCCAAGGGAAGAAUAGUGAUAUUCCAGUACCUCUGUUUCAUCAGUGGUGGCAGGAGAGCAAAGGAUGAGUGAAGAAUUCAGAAAAGUUCUAACAAGGUGAAUUUCAUCUGAGCAGCAAGAAGGAAAUCUGUCUUUUUCCUUUCUGUUAAGUUCAUAUUUCAGUUUAAGAUAGUUAAUUAGUUCUGGGGAAUAGAUUAGUAAGAGUAGUUUUAAGUAGGCUUGUGAAUUCAAGCAAGAAGAAAGUCUAAUGAGAGAUAGUUGUGGGUUGUUAGCUAGUAUUGAUUAGAUUUAGGGGAAUGUAUUUCCUCAACUUAACAAUUACAUUCUCUCCAAUUUCCUUUUCCUACCACUGUUCCUAUAGAAGUAAAUAUAAAUAAAUAAUUUUUUAUACAA